AUGGCUGUCCUGGUUGCCUUUUUUUCCUUGCUUUGCCCUGUCAUGGCUUUCGAUUUGGGACAGUCCACUCGUUGUGUUGCCAUACCAAACCAGAUGAAAGUUUGUAAGGAUGUUGGAUACUCGGAGAUGCGAUUGCCGAAUUUCCUGGGACACAGUAACUUGGAGAGUGAAGUUGUUCCUCGUUCAGAAGAUUGGAGGCCUCUUCUGCAAACAGGAUGCCAUCCACAAGCUCAGGCCUUCCUCUGCUCGCUCAUUGCUCCUGUCUGUCUUGACACGUUCAUCCAGCCGUGCCGCAGCCUGUGUUUGGCAGUGAGGGACAGCUGUGCUCCGGUGCUGUCCUGUCAGGGGCACUCAUGGCCUGAAGCACUCGACUGCGACCGAUUUCCUGAUGAAGACGAUAUGUGUCUGUCUCCACACGCCAAGUUCAGCCACUACGGCAAAGACUUGCCUAAAGCUGCCUGUCAAAACUGCCCAUCAGUGGAACAUUCUCCUGCCCUGAAAACUGUCCUGGACUCUUUCUGUCACAAUGAUUUUGCUGUUACUGCCAAAAUCCAUCGUCGUCGCAUCCCAACAGGAGAGCCUGAGUUUGACAUUGAGGGGCGCGUCGAGUUCAUCCAUCAGGGUCCUCUGCUCUCGUACGACACCCAGCACCUACUGCAACAAUGGCUCCUCAUCAACCUUAAAUGUGCCCACAACCUGGUCCGUCCCGGGCGCUCCCAGUUGUACGUCCUUACUGGGGCAGUCCAAUCUGACGGUACUCUCGGCCUCAACAAAAUCUUCCCCUGGCACAAAAAAGACAUUAAUAUCGCCGUAGCCACACGCAAAUGGAAAUAUCACCGGUGUUAA